CUGUUCAAGGCGUUUACCGGACAAGCGCGCGCGUCAUGCGAUUUAGCCUCAUUCUGGAGAAUGAUUACUAGACGCUUUCUCUUCUGUUGUCUGUGCAUGAUAUUGAGUGAAGCAGGGGGUAAAGUCUGUACAAAGAGAGAGGAGAUUGGCAACAGAGAAGGCAACCAUUACAACUGUGAUGACCCAGUGCGGACAGAGUGCUGUGAGAGAAACCAGACGUUUACUUGUUGUGAGGAGCAAUGGAAGAAUAGUGCGCAACAAAUGCUCUGGUUGCUUCUAGUGGUCUCAGUGAUCCUCAUCUCCAUCUGUCUUAUUGUGCGCUAUUUGACUGGACAGUCUGAAUUCUUUACAUCCCCCACACUCAAAGAUGCAGUCAUCAAUUGGAAGAGUACAAUGUGUCGAAGGUUCUAUAACCUGUGUACGCCAGGUUGCAGAAAGCAGCUGAGACAGGGAGACAACUCAUUUUUUAAUUUAACCUCAGACCAGAAUACAUUGGUGUCAACCAACAAAAUGUACCUAUCAACUAAAGCUUAAUUGUCAGUGCAAUACAACACAUAGAAAUUUAAAUACUUCUGUACUGAUCAAUGAAUAUAUUUUGACCCAGUGUUAGCUACCAAAUAUGUUCAUGUGUACAACUUAAAAGUAUCAUUGUGAUGAAAGUCAUGUGUCCAUUAGAAUGUCUGUCCCAUUUUAAAAGCAGAUAUUAAAAAUGUAACUAUUUACUUAUACUUGGUGUAAAAAUUUAAUUGAAUAGACAAUAAUGUUUUACUAGAUUUCCAUACAAGUCCUUCUAAAUGCAUGCUCUUUUGGGAACAAAAAAUAAAAAAAGACCUGCAAGAAAUUGUGCUC